AAUCUUCUUCAACAAAACACUGAACACACCCAUUUAUCUAACUGAAACUCAACACACACUCUCCUCACAAAUCACCUGACAACAAUGGCUGAUGAUCUGAUGUUCUCUGCUGAAGAGUUGCGAAUCGACGAAGGCCUCGGGUACCCGAAAGCCUACGCUAAGAUCUGUCGGGAUCGUGGGUUCGGACCGUUCGCGCUUGGCCCGCCUUUUACCUUCACUCCAUAUGUUCUUCAAUCUCAUCAGGCUUCAAGAGCCAAGGAGUUAGAUGAGAUGUUUCCGAUAAUAGACCCGAAAGCGAAACCUUCAGCAAGACCAAAGAUUUUUGUAAGCCUACUAUGGAAGCAACUUAACCAUCUUGGGAAUGCUGGAUUUGACCCUGAGACGUUUCGAGUAGACCCGUAUGGCAAUGUUCUGUAUAUUCAUGCCGAUUCGGCUUCUCCGCUUGCUUGGGAUGUUGAUCAUUGGUUCCCUUGCUCAAGAGGAGGGUUGACUGUUUCAAGCAAUUUAAGAUUAUUACAAUGGCAAGUAUGCAAGAAGAAGCAUAACAAGCUUGAGUUUUUGGUUCCAUGGUGGGACCUUCAAGUCGGUAUAUCGGUUAACCAGUUCUUGUCCAUCUUUGCUUCUUCAAACUCGGAUUUCAGGCAUAGGGGAUUCUAUUUGUUGUUUAGCAACGGCGAGUGUGAAGAACUUAACGAGUCACAAACAGUUGAUUCGCAUCGUUUUCCACAACCGUUCAACGAGUCGAAGAAGAGAUCAGGACUUGCUCCAGCUGCUAUUGUUUUGUCUAGAAAGGAGUCCAAUGACACCUUGUUACAAUCUGUUGAUAUUAACAGAAGACACACAACAAAUUCACCUAUAGUUUCAAGAAAAUCAAGACCGAGUAUGUCGAAAGAAAACGAAGUUCCAGAUUUUGUUACGAACCCGUAUCAAGCGAUUGUUAUCGCUAGGGACUCGCUGAGGCAAAGAGAAGAAACGUCAAAGAAACAGGCGGAGAUCGAGAAACUGGAUGAGGAAAUGAUGGAACUGAAACAAAAGAAUGAAGAGGAAAGAAGUUCAAUCCAAGAUCUUGAAAUGUUGUUAAUUAAAAAAAGGCGUCGUGCAGAAAAAUGUCGGCGUUUAGCAGAAGCACAAUCGUCGUAUAAGGGAAUGCUAGAGAAGAUGAUACGAGACGCUAUGCACCAGAGUGUGAUUUAUAAAGAACAAGCUCGGUUAAACCAAGCAGCAUCGAAUUCACUAAUGGCUAGACUCGAAGCUCAAAAGGCGAUGUGCGAUUCAUCCGAAAGAGAACUCCAUAAGAAAUUCAAGCAAAAAGAUGAAUUAGAGAAACAAGUUCGACCCGAUUGGGAACAAACAAGAAAAAGAUCAAGAAUGGAUGAUAUUGAUAUCCUCUUAAGUGACGAAAACAAUGAUCAAAUCGUCUUAUUCCAAGAACCGGUCGAUGAACAAGAAAAAGACGAUAAUACCCUUUUAUGCUUGCCUGGUGUUGUUAACUCGGAACACAAGCAGUUAAGGGUGUUUUUGGAAGAAGAACAUAAAGCAUCCGAAGCGGAAAUGGAAGAGAUGGGUAAUGAAAAUGGUAAAAAGCUGCAAAAGAUGAAGAUAGAAGAAAAGGGAUGUUCGGUUUUUGAGUAUGAUGUUCGGUUUCCGACGGAUGAAUGUGAUCUAGUGGAAGAAGAUGAAGAAAGUCGAAAGCAACGUGGCAAAGGGAACGUCGAAAAAUGGCUUCAAAUGCUUCUUGAGAAAGACGGUACUGAUCAAAGCGGUCAGAUAUAUGAUGCGGAUGCUAAAAAGACCGAAGAAAUCAUACAUAAGAUGAAUUUGAAGUACCCACAGAAAGAAAUCUCGAAAAACGUGCACGAACAGAACGAAACGACUCGCGAAGUUACUGAAGCAACAAAAAUGAUCUUCAAAAACCCGCCGUACAAGAUCGAUCCACGAAGAAGUAGCGUUAGCCAAUUGGAGUGUGACACGUCAGCAAAGCCUAGCAAGAUCAAUCCAGGAAGAAGUAGCGUCAGCCUCAGCCAAUCGGAGUGCGACACAUCAGCGAAACUUACUAGGCGGAAAAGUUUUGAAGUGAAGGAAAAAAGCGAAAAAAUAGGGAAAUUUAAGGAGAUUGCGAGGAGUGAGAGUGCUAGAGUUUUACGACGGAUUCCAUCUUCACCGUCGAUUAUUCUAGGCAUGAAAAAGGGGGUUGAUUGCAUGCGAAGAAAGCCGGAAGUAAUCGGUGACGAUGAAGAUUAUGCAGGAAGUAAGAAGUUUAUCAAGUCUUCUUACAAAGUGAUCAAGAAAGCAGUAAAGAUAUAGUUUUUAUGCAACUGUUAGUUGCAGUAUAUGUGUGUGUGAAUUCUUUUGGACUGAAUGUGUGAAACUAGUGUGUGUGUGUGU